AAACACAACAUUUUCCCGUCAUUUGUUUCCUACACGAUUCGCUGUUGUUGUACAAACUCACCCGCUCAGUUUAUUGUGUAUUUUCUAUUGUAACUGUUGUUGUUUUUGUGGCUGUUAGAUUGUCGUUAGCCAGCUUGUCGUUAGCCAGCUUGUUGUUAGCCAGCUUGUUGUUAGCUAGCUUGUUGUUAGCCCUACGUCAGUGUCUCAUCCUGCUCGUGACGACUCGGGUCUAAAAACCCGGAUGUGGCCGAAGAUGAAACUUGAUUAAAUCUCAGGUUUGUAAACUUCUCAGAUUCGUUUAAUUUUAAAAAACAAGAGAAACAGAUCGAGGAGGAAACCCGUCGUUCAUUCAGAGAUGUUUCUGUUCCUGUCCGUGCUGAUCUUCUUCGGGCCAGUAGAGGGUGGCAGCUCACCAAUCAGCUGCUACAAUGACAAUGGAGAAGCUGUGGACUGGUUCUAUCUGUACAAGCUGCCUAAACAACACAGGGAAAAAUCUCCCACGAGAGGGGAACUGUAUUUACUGUUGGACAAAGGGAGUGAAGGGUGGACCGACGGGAAGGUGACUGUGAACGACACGACGGGAGCCUUGGGCCGGACGGUCGGACAGCUCUACUCACAGGGAAAGAGCACGGAGGUAGCCUAUGUCCUCUACAACGACCAGACGCCGAGUAAGAACCUUGGUGGCAGAUGGAAAGACAACAACGAAGGGGGUCACACGAAAGGUGUUGUGCUGCUUGAUAAAAACCAGGGCUUCUGGUUGGUCCACAGUACCCCUCACUUCCCCCCUGUACGACAGGCGGGAGAGUUCUACUACCCGGACAGCGGUGUGAACAACGGACAAAACUUCAUCUGCGUUACCUUCCCGCUCGACCGCUUCCAGACCAUUGGCGAGCAGCUGCAGAUCAAUCAGCCUCACGUGUACGACUGCGAUGUCCCAGAGUCCUUGGCGUCCCUGGUGCCUUCGCUGGCGUCCCUCUGUGGGAAGAAGCAUCUGUCCGGUCACAUCUUCCCACACGUCGAACCUGUGUCUAACCGCAGCGUGACUUUGACCUCGAAGGGUGGAGACAACUUCCUCAGCUUUGCCAAAGGAGCCUCUUUUAACAAUGACCUGUACCACUCCUGGGUGGCCCCGAGCCUCCAGUCAAACCUCCUGGUCCAGUUCUGGAUCCGCUCCAGGGGCAUCCUCCCCUCCGACUGCUCGCUGGGCUGGAAGGUCCUGGACAUCGAGCUCCUCAGCCCGGGGAAGAGGUUCACGUUCAAGGCCAGCCAGGACCACUCCAAGUGGGCCGUCAGCACCCAGGCGGCCGGGAAGGGCGUCGGGGGGGGUUGGGUGUGCGUUGGAGACAUCAACCGGAACGAGGCGGAGGAGAAGCGGGGGGGAGGCACGGUGUGUCUGCGGAACCCUGUGGUGUGGAAGGCUUACCGGACAGCAGCUUUACAGUGUGAGGAUUGCGGAGGAGCCAUCAUCCCGUGCCCUGCUGGAGACGUGGUGGGGUUUUAAACGAAAGAGCUCAAAACAAGUUGUAGUUACUUCUGAAGCCUCUCAUUCAACAUUUCUUUCAUCAGUUUCUGUGAAAAAUUAAGGGUGCUCCUGGGAUUUACUUUUCAUAUUCGAAGACAAAUCAGUUACCAUCAGAAAACAAUACUUUGAUAUUCUAACAGUUAAAAGACGAUUAUUCAGUAAAACAAUACGAGCACCACAGACCCGGGGCUUGUGUUAAAAGCCUUUUAAAUUGUUGUUGCUGUUUCAAACGUUCCACAGUGUUCAGUUGUCUCUGUCCUGCUCUUAUUACAGACGUGUCUGAACUUACCACAGUCCUGCAAAUCUGUUCAUCCCACGAUUAUGUGGUCUUAUGGAAAGUGCUGUUUUGUUAAAGGCAACUGAAAACAAAUAUUGAAUGUUUAACGAUAAAGAUGAAAACUACUGUUAUUAUCUUAACACACCUGAAUCAAGCCACACACAACACUGAUGAGAAAGUUUCUAGUCUAAGGCUGGAUUUCUAGUAUUGGUGUAAUCACACAUGUUUUUGGGAUUAUGAAUGAGGUUUUCUUAGUUCUGAAGCAGAAGCUGGCAUUAACGGUUUCAUUAUGUCUCUAAAACAUUAAAUAUUCAUGACAACAAGCAAAAUUAAAAACAAUUUGGGUAAUUUAUAAAGAGCCAAUUGUACCAAAACAUGUUAGUAUGGACUGCAGGGCUGUCGAUUGGUAAAAAAUACAAGUGUGUGAGAACCCAUGACUCACAAUAAGAAGCUGAUAGAGAAAAUAAGAGCCUUUAAGUCACAAAAAAAACCUUUAACCAGUUCAGAAUGAUCUUAAUCUGUUGUAUAAAAUGCUGCUACACUGGAGGAGGAGGAGGAAACAAUCAGUUCUCUGGGAACUACGAUGUUCAUUUUGAAAAACACAAAACCCUCAACGUGCCUCACAUUUACCAAGAACUGACAAAGAUCCAGCCUUGACACAGAGCUUGUGAAAUGAAAGCAUCACUUCGAGUGUCUUUUCAGCCGCCGGCUAGUUUUAACUGAAACUGAAGAGAGAAUUUGCAAAGUGAACGAGUGCUGCUUCAUAAACUGUUGUGGGUGUGUUCUCAGGGAAGCUUUGCUUGUAGAAACUAGGAAAAUGGGAUUGGAACUUACAGCGUGGGAUAAAUUGCACUGCAGUGAUAUGUGGGGAAUGGUUUAAUACUUUGUGUUGAAUGAAUGUUUGUCUUUUAAACUCAGUGCUUUCUUGAUAAAACCAGAAAUAUUUUGGUUUUGUUUCUAGUUCUCAUCCAUUCGUUCAGAUCUUGAAAUUUGCUUGAAGAUAAAGACGCUGGCUGUCUUGAAUCUAAAUAAAAAAAACAAAAGACUCAAA